UUUGGUUAACAUUAUACUACUGACCUGUGAUAAUAUACAUAAUGAAGCAUCUGGCUCUUGCUGUUCUCUUGGCCAUUUCUCUUGGAAUGGUUUCAGCUGUAUCUGUGAACAAACUUUUUGCUGAUGAAUGGAAUUUGUUCAAGAAUAUUCAUUCCAAGUCAUACACAGAAUUUGAAGAGAAAUUUCGCCAAAAGGUGUAUAUGGAGAAUCGUCACAAGAUUGCACGCCACAAUGCUAGAUUUCACAAAGGAGAAGUAUCGUUUACCAUGGAAAUGAACCAUUUUGGUGACCUGCUUCAUCAUGAAUUUGUUGCAGUCGUAAAUGGGUUUAAGGGCAAAAAUUUUACGAAAUCUGGUAAUGGGGCUUUCUUCAUGGAACCAGCCAAUGUAGCAAUCCCAGAAUCUGUUGAUUGGCGUACAGAAGGUGCCGUCACCCCCGUUAAGGAUCAAGGCCAAUGCGGAUCUUGCUGGUCAUUUUCGGCUACUGGUGCGCUUGAAGCUCAGAAUUUCCGAAAAAGUGGACAGCUGGUUUCUUUGAGUGAGCAAAAUUUGAUCGACUGCAGUGGCAGAUACGGAAAUGAAGGAUGCAAUGGUGGACUUAUGGAUCAAGCUUUCCAGUACAUUAAGGAUAACAAAGGUAUCGAUACCGAGGAAUCAUAUCCCUACGAAGCUGAGGACGAUACAUGCCGUUAUAACCCCAAAACCCGUGGAGCUGUCGACACUGGCUUUGUGGACAUCCCAUCUGGCAAUGAAGCUAAGCUAAUGGCCGCCCUUGCAACUGUUGGUCCGGUGUCGAUUGCUAUUGAUGCUUCCCACGAAUCGUUUCAGUUUUAUUCUGCAGGUAUUUAUUACGAGCCUGAUUGUUCCAGCGAUGAUCUCGAUCACGGAGUUUUGGUAGUUGGCUAUGGGAAAGAUAAAGCUGGUAAAGAUUAUUGGCUCGUAAAGAAUUCCUGGAGUGAGAAGUGGGGAGACAAGGGUUACAUCAAGAUUGCCCGUAAUAGAAAGAAUCACUGCGGAGUUGCCACCGCUGCCAGCUAUCCACUCGUUUAAGAAGCUAGCGGAGGAUAUGCUCAACGUAUGGUUUUUCACAUUGUCUUCAUCCAUCCUGUUCCCCUCGAAUUCGUUUUAAACCAAAUUUUUUUACCAUUUCCCUCGGCAUUCUUGAAAUGAAGAUGAUUAUUUUCUGAAGAAAACCUUGAACCUGUAUGAAUAAAUUCCUUGACGGAUAA